AAAGAACAAAAAAUCUCUCCUUUAGCCCGCAGUCCUUCGCUACUUGUGCCCUUAUUCCUCUUCGUUGGUGGCGAUGGAGGUCGGACAUGCGCUGACUCGUGAGCAGUAUGUUUACCUGGCGAAGCUUGCUGAGCAGGCGGAGCGCUAUGACGAGAUGGCUCGAUUCAUGGAGGAUAUGGUAAAGCUCACACCUGCUUUUGGAGAGUUCACGGUGGAGGAGCGCAACCUUUUCUCCGUGGCCUACAAGAACCUUGUCGGAGCGCGGCGCGCCGCUUGGCGGAUCGUCUCCUCCAUCGAGCAGAAAGAGGAGAACCGCCGCAACGACGAUCAUGCGGCGCUCGUCAAGGACUACCGCGCGCGCAUCGAAAAUGAGCUCUCUGGCGUCUGCGGUGGUAUCCUCUCUUUGUUAGACUCCCACCUUAUCCCUUCCGCUGCAUCCAGCGAGUCCAAGGUUUUCUACCUUAAAAUGAAGGGGGAUUACCACCGCUAUCUUGCUGAGUUCAAAGCCGGGGACGAGCGUAAAGCUGCUGCAGACAGCACUAUGGCUGCUUACAAGGAAGCGCAGGAUAUUGCUCUUGCGCAUCUUGCACCAACUCACCCUAUAAGGUUAGGCCUUGCUCUGAAUUUCUCUGUGUACUACUACGAGAUCCUGAAUUCAUCAGAGAAAGCUUGUGCCAUGGCUAAGCAGGCAUUUGAGGAGGCUAUUGCAGAACUGGAUAGUCUGGGUGAGGAGUCUUACAAGGACAGCACUCUUAUAAUGCAGUUAUUGCGAGACAAUCUCACUCUCUGGACUUCUGAUGCUCAGGAUCAGAUAGAUGAAGCUUAGUUUGUGGUAGCAAUAGUAGAGGUGUUCUCAGGGGAGGUGGACCGUAAUGUCAGUUGCCUGUAAGCACAUAAGCUACCAAACCUUUGAUGUCUAUGAUAAAUGGUCUCAGCUACUGAAACUUUUGGCCUUUUUCUCUUAACUAUAAGUACCUGGACUUCCUAUCUCUCAUUUCCUCAUUUUAUAUUAUGUAGCAUACUCAAUCUGCUUAGGUGUUUAGGUUGUUUAUCACCAUUUUAGGAGGGCAUAUUGUUAACUCCAGAAAAAUACACUUAUGAUUGAAGCUGCAAUACCAGUAGUGAUUAUGCCUUGCAGGAAAAUAAUUGGCUGGUUUGUUUUCUAAUUUUCUGUUUAGGGUACAGUUAACAAGCUCAAUUAUCUGUUUGAAGUACAGUUAACAAGCCUAAGACUGGGUUAGUGUUGAUGCUGAAUUGGAACUCUAAGUUAUUGGAUAGAA